AUCAUAAAAUUUUAGAUUUCAUAUAUAAAGAUUGAAGAUUGUAUCUUCAGUUAUAUAGUAAAGAUUGUAAUUUAGACUUUCAGGUAUACAAUUAAUAAGAAUUAAUUAAUAUACACUGUACCCGUAAUUAGUUAGAUGGACAUUUGAUUGUGUUUGGAUUAAUUCAUUAUUGUAGUGUGUUAUCGUGCUUGAAAAUCACAAAGAUUGAAUAGUUUAACUUGGAAGAGAUCGACAGCUGUGUUUGUGGACCAUCUAGAUAAAAGGACCAUGCUAUAAAUGUAUAAUUGGGACGUGCUGUGGCAUCAUGUUCAGAAAAAGCACAAUCAUGCAGUUUAGGAGGAUCCAACAAUUUCCCGGUGUUAACUCUUUGUCAUUCAGAUUAGCAUGAUACAAGGCUGAGCAUUGAUUUUAUCAUUAUUCUAAAUUGAUAACAUUUUAACUUCAAGGUGUUAACACAACAGGAUUUAGAAAGAGGAAAAUUGAAUGUACAUCUGUAUUGGUUCAGGAUUGAAUUCUGUAGUGUGAUUUUUUUUUUUAUAUAAAAGUAACAUAGAAUUGUUACAAUUCUCGUAGAUUUUUUACCAUUUUGAGUAUAAACUGUCAUCAUCAUGGAGAAACAAAACACCGAAAUCUCCACCAUAACAAUGACUGAUGUUGUCAUGGAUACGAAAAAAAAUGGGACUCAAAAUGGUUUAUCAAAGCAAAAUGGAGAUGUAGAGAAUGAAGCAGCUGUCCCUGAGAAAGAGCAGACCAAGGUGACGAUAAACAGUGAUGUUCAGGUGAAGCUGGUCAAGACACCCAGCCACAAGGAAAAAGUGCAGAAUAUUGGCUUCUUUCAGCUGUUCCGAUAUGGCAGUGCCUUUGACAAGCUGAUUUUUGCAGUUGGAAUAUUAUGUGCAAUGGGCGUUGGAUGUGCGACACCGCUAAACUUCUUUGUGUAUGGAGAACUAGCGAACACAUUCAUUUUGUAUGAUGUGGCCCAGAAAACGAAUUUCAGUGAUACGAACCAGACUCUGCUAUUUAGUCGUGAGGCGCUACUAAAUAGUCUAAACCUUCUGGACAUCGCUAAGGAGUAUGCGCUAUACUUCUGUCUUAUUGCUGUCGGUGCCUUCGCUCUUGGGUUCAUCAGCAUCUUCUGUUUCACUCUGUCUGCAGAGAAACAAAUCCGAGUCAUCCGGAAGCUUUUCUUUCGGUCAAUUAUGCGUCAAGACAUGGAAUGGUUUGAUACACAUGAGAGCAGUGAAUUAAGUACACGAUUUUCAGAAGACAUGCACCUAAUCUAUGAUGGGAUUGGAGACAAGGUAGCCACUUUUUUCCAGUGGACGACCACAUUUUUGCUGUCUUUUGUGAUUGCAUUUGUGUCGGGAUGGAAGCUUGCCCUUGCGACGGUGGCCUUUUGUCCUUUGGUUAUCAUUGUUGGGGGUACUUUAACUAAGUGGGUGCGUAACUUGUCGGCCGAGGAGUCGCAGGCCUAUGCCAGCGCGGGGGCCGUGGCGGAGGAAGUGUUCUCCUCCAUCAGAACGGUGACAGCCUUCAAUGGACAAGACAAGGAAUGUAAAAGGUACGAUGCUAACCUCAUGCAUGCCAAGAACAAUGCAGCGAAGAAAGGUUUGGUCUUGGGGCUGACGGUCAGUGCCUUCUGGUUCCUGAUCUACUCGGCCUUUAGUGUGGCGUUCUACUACGGCAUCCAGCUCAUGCAGGACCCUGAUGAAGGAUUUGAUCCAGGCAAAACUUUAACUGUCUUUCUGGGAGUAAUGAUUGGCUCCAUGUCAUUAGGCCACGCCUUCCCCACUCUCGAGGUCAUCUCCAACGCGCGCGGAGCAGCCACUAAAGUGUUCUCCAUUAUUGAACAGAAAUCAAAGAUUAAUUAUGAACUAGAUGAGGGAACAAAGCUGGAAAAAAUGGAGGGAAACGUAAAGUUCAAGGGUGUCCAUUUUCGAUAUCCUGCCAGGCCAGACAUACCAAUCCUACAAGGAAUUGACUUAGAAGUACAAAGGGGCCAGACUGUUGCCCUAGUGGGGUCGUCAGGAUGUGGUAAAAGUACCAUCAUACAGCUGCUGCAGCGAUUCUAUGAUCCAGAGGAAGGGCAGGUAUGUGUAGAUGGAGUUGACAUCUGUGAUUUGAAUGUGACCUGGCUUCGUCAGCAGAUAGGGGUGGUCAGUCAGGAGCCAGUGUUGUUUGCUACUACCAUUGCUGAGAACAUUCGAUAUGGUCGGAUGGACGUUACGCAGGGGGAAAUAGAACAGGCAGCUAAAGAGGCCAAUGCCCACAUGUUUAUCAAGGAACUUCCUCAGGGAUACGAGACUUUGGUUGGAGACCGAGGGGCCCAGCUCAGUGGAGGACAAAAACAAAGGAUAGCCAUCGCCCGGGCUCUUGUCAGGAACCCCAAAAUAUUACUUCUUGAUGAAGCAACGUCGGCAUUGGAUAAUGAAAGCGAGGCUGUGGUUCAAAAGGCUUUGGAGAGGGCAGAAAUAGGUAGGACCACCAUAGUUGUUGCUCAUCGUUUGACCACGGUUAGGAAUGCCGAUGUUAUAUUUAGUAUGGCGGAUGGUCUUGUGCAGGAGAGAGGAAGUCAUGAUGACCUCAUGAACAGGAAAGGAUUGUACUACACACUGGUCAAACUACAGUCCCAGCCUCAUGAAGAAAUUGAAGAAGUUGCAUUAUCUCUGGACAAAAGCUCACCUAACAUGAGCUCAUUUCUGGCGUGGGUGAGUUCAAAACAUGUGGCUGAUGAACUAGAACAUGGGAUGUUUGAUGAGGAAGAACCAGACGAACAUGCUUCAUUAAUUCACAAGGUCAAAGUUCAACAUGUGCCCAUGGAAAGACAGAUGUCGGCUAUGAGUCACCACAGCAAAAGCAGUCACUAUGAGGGUACUGAAGACAAAGAGGAGGAGGAAGCGGAAAGCGAUACGUCUCUUGCUCCGAUUGGAAAAAUCCUGAAGAUGAACUCUCCUGAGUGGUUCUACAUUACAGUGGGCAGUAUAUGUUCUGUAAUUGUGGGUGCUCUGCAGCCUGCCUUCUCCUUCUUGAUGGCAGAGUUUUUGGAAGUGUUCUCGAUGACAAAAGAGGAGCAGGACGAGAUAGCGGGAAUAUUAGUGGGUGUCGUAUUCGGCAUUGCUGUCUUCAAUUCCUUGCUUCGAUUAAUCUUGUCCAUUAGUUUUGUGAAAGCCGGCUCUGAUUUAACUUUGAGGAUGAGGAAACUAGCAUUCAAGUCGAUCGUUUGGCAGGAUAUAAGCUUUUUUGAUUGCCAUGAGAACCGUGUUGGUGCGUUAACGACGAGGCUUGCCAGUGAUGCUGCACUUGUUCAGGGGGCCACAGGAACUAAGAUAGGUCAGGUGCUGGAGUCAUUGGCUUGUAUCAUCACUGCCCUCAUCGUCGCUUUCAUCUUCAGCUGGAAACUGACCCUGGUCAUUCUGGCUUUCAUGCCUCUUAUGGUGGCUGUGGGCACCGUCCAGUCCAGGCUGGUGGCUGGUUUUGCGAAGGGAGAUAAGAAAGCCAUGGAAGAGGCCGGGAAGGUCUGCACAGAGACCAUAGACAAUGUAAGGACUGUUGUAUCACUUACAAGAGAAAAGACAUUUGUGGACGAGUAUUCGGGGCAUGUAGACAGUAUAUACAGGUCUGGGAUUAAGCGAGCGGCCCUGUAUGGUCUGGUGUUUGCUGUGUCCCAGUGUUUUAUAUACUUCGCCUAUGCGGCAUCGUUUACCUUUGGUGCUUACUUGGUGAUCGGGGGACUGGAAUUCCAGGAUGUGUUCAGAGUGUUUGGAGCCAUCAUAUUUGGUGGGAUGCAUGUCGGAAGAACUGGAUCUAAUGCACCAGAUUUCACCAAGGGGAGACGAGCAGCCGCCCGACUUUUCUCCAUCAUCGAGAGGAGACCUCUCAUUGAUGCCCAAACAGAAGAAGGCCAAAAACCGAAGUCCUUCACUGCGGAGAUAAAGUUUCAGGAUGUCCAUUUCACCUAUCCCUCCCGGCCGGACGUCGAAGUGCUAGGGGGCCUCAGUCUCUCUGUGCAGCCAGGGGAGACAUUCGCUCUGGUUGGCACCAGUGGUUGUGGCAAAAGCACGACUGUUCAGCUGGUAGAACGAUUUUAUGACCCAAGUAGUGGUUCAGUGACAGCAAAUGGCCUUGACUUAAAAUCACUGAACUUGAAGUGGCUACGGUCACAGAUGGGGAUUGUAUCACAAGAACCUAUGUUGUUUGACACAAGUAUUGCUGAAAACAUUGCUUAUGGGGAUAACUCUAGAGAGGUUCCGAUGGACGAGAUUAUCACUGCAGCCAGAAAUGCCAAUAUCCAUAACUUCAUUGAGAGUUUACCUCACGGUUAUGAUACAAGUGUUGGAGACAAGGGAACACAACUCUCCGGGGGACAGAAACAACGAAUAGCUAUAGCCCGAGCACUGGUCAGAAAUCCUUGUAUUUUAUUGUUAGAUGAAGCCACAUCAGCCUUAGAUACUGAGAGUGAAAGGAUUGUUCAGGAAGCCCUGGACAAAGCCAGACAAGGCAGAACGUGUAUUGUUAUUGCCCACAGACUCUCUACAAUACAGAACGCCAAUAAGAUAGCCAUCAUACAUAGAGGCAACGUUGUAGAAUUAGGAACGCAUUCCGAACUGUUGUCGAUGAAGGGCGUUUACUGGAAGCUGAACCAGCACAAUGUCAAGAAAAGUUAGACGUCCCUGAUAUCCCUCAAUGACAACACACAAAAUGCUCUUUUCUUUUUUAAAGGAGUGUUCUGUCAAAAUAUGGUUCAGCUGCCCUGAUCAGACAAAAAAUGGUCUGGUCAGAAAGACAAAUACUGUAACAAUGUCACACACACACAUAAUAUAUAUAUAAACAUUGAAACUUUUCAAGUUUUAUUCUUGGAGAAUCAUGUUUUGUGUGUGAUGCUUAUGUGUUAUUGGAGGUAUAUCCCGUAUUGUAAAAUCAUCAUUGUUUGUGGGUAACCAAAAUUUUACUGGUUUGUGGGGAUGUAAUUUCAUAAGUAUCUUCAACCCUAAAACCAAUUCAUGCUAAUUCUCUCUGAUAGACCUGUCCCAGAAAAGUUGCAGCGAAAACUGAUGCAAUUCCAGGCACUUUCUGACACACUAGACUGUAAUUCGAUUAUAAUUGUGACUGUCCAAUCAAAAUGAGACACAUACUGCUUGUAUUUGCAUUGUACAUACCUUAUGAUAAUAAUUAACAAGUUGUUAUUUUUUGGGGAAUAAACAACUCAAUUAUUGUCUCCAUGAACUAAAUACUGUGUCAAAUAACAAUGUAUAGAUACCUAAUGUACAUGUAAUUGGGAUUUUAAAAAAUUAACGUUAUGAAAAAGAAACUUGAAAUUGUUUCAAUGUUCGUGGGCAAGGGUGACCUAUGAAAUCUGCAAAUAUUGACACACACACACACACACACCCCAUCCCCCCAAGCAAUGAUGAUUCCACAAUAAUGGAAAUCUGUGUCGUGCAAAGAAAUAAUUUUUCUCAGGUUUUCGUGCAUUUAUAUGUUGAAGUGUUCAGCAUUAUGUGCCUUUUUUACGUAUUUAAUUAUUUGACAUGCACUUUUGAAUGACAGGUACCGAAAUGAACACUUAAAUUUUUUUAUGACAGUCAUGCAUAUUGUUGUUGUUGUUGAUCUUCACGAAAACUCAGUGGUCCGAAGACCGAGGCCAGUGAAUUUUACAGUCGGGUCAGUGAAAAUAAAAAUCAGGAAGUCCGAUGGGCUUGUAGACUUUUUGUAAGUCACAUUAAAUAUAAUGUUGGAUUUAGAUAUUUGCUUAAAUUUACCAUCAAAAUAAAAAUAAAUCAAUAAAUAGCACAUAGAGUAAGUGUUUAGACAUCGUGGUUUGUUUAUUUCUUUAAAGUAAAGACUGUAAUUGUCAAGAUAACUUGUACGUUGCUCGCGUGAAUAUUCAACGAACAACUUGUUGAAACAACAAAAAUGGCCGCAUUCUGUAUCGCACUGGCUGCACACUGGUAAUUCUGCUUUAUUGCAUUGUCCAAUUAAAAUUAACUUGGUCAACUGCAGUUAUCUCUGAUGUUAUGCAAUUUCUAUAGUUUAAUAUAGAAUCAAUCAAUUGUUUGCAUUUGAUGUUGGUAGAGAAGGCUACUCCCUAAGGUGCACUCGGGCUGUUUUCAUGUUUGUGAAAAAUACGUGAAUUUGUAGUAUUGUUUGCGGGUGAAGAGAGAAAUCGAAAGAGAGAGAGAAUACCGUGUAUGGUGUCGUUUUCCUGGUAUAGACAGAAAGGAUGUCUUAGGGUGGAUAUGAAUAUGAGUAAUAACCAUAGUUUCAGUAAAUUAAUUGUACAAUUUUACAAUGCAUUCCAUAAUGUAUAUGAUAAACAUGUACUAUGAAAAUUUGGGGGGCCAGUAAAUUUCACUGUGGGCCAGUAAAUUAAGACAGUUCACUGGUCCGACUGGCCAGCAAGUUUUAAAUGUUUUCGUGAAGACUGGAAACCGGGCCUGUUUUAUUGGUCAAAAGUGUGCAACUGUUUUGUUAUACUUUAAAUGACAGAUCUUUUGUGAUAUAUUUAAGGAAUUAUUUAUAUUUUUAUAGUCGCAUAUACAGCUGUAACAUUUAAUGUCUUAUGUAUGCUGCAAUCUGUCUACAAGAUCGUCUGAAAACAGCAUUGAAUUUAGCUACAUGUAUACGCACUUUAGAUAUUUAGCUUCAAAACAUGGUACAUAUAUAUAUGUAUACCAGUAUUAAUUUGUAUCCAGGUUUUUUUUUUCUUUUUUUUUUUUACAAACACAUGUACAAGUUGUAUCAUUUACUCUUUAAUACCAUUUUCAUGUCCCAAAUAGCAAAGAUCAGGUUGUGUGUCUGUGUAUCUGCACUCAGACAACAGCAUGUUAAACUGAAAAGUCAAGGUCAGAGCUUUGAGACAGAUCAAGGUCAAAUGUCAGUUUGCUGUGUUGGCCAUGAUUUGGGGCAUGUUUUACAUGUUCACACAACUUCUCCAGCACAUCAUGCUUGAUGUUAUCCUAUAUGUUGUACAACUAUGAACAAUCGCACAAUAACUUCAGAAUUUUAUCUUAUUUUUAUAAAUUUCAUUUUUGAAAAUACAUGAGGUUAUGAACUGUGGUGCUUCAUACCGGCUUGAAGCAUUGCAGUUCUUACCCUCGUGUAUCUCCAUAUGUGAAAUUCAUUUUUUUAAUUCUUCAUUUACAUUGUAUUUGUUUCGGAAUUCUCAACCAUUGUAAUAGAAGUAUUGUGUUUCAUUCGAGGUCUAAUGCAUUGUUCUCUAUUGCAUGCAUGAGAAAAUGGCGAUCAUUAGAAUUUGUAAAAAAAAAAAUAUCAAAGGCAAAAAGAUGUCAUAAAAAUCACGGAAUACGCUUCACGAAGCGUGACGGCGUGAAAUGUUGAAGUUCAUACUCUCAUGUUCUUUCAAAACUGAAAUUUAUUUGAUCAAAUAUUGUCAUUAAGUAAAGUGUAUAUGUAUGAGAUGUAUCUGAAUGUACAAGAUGUGUCUCUGUGAGAUGAACGAUUCGGUGAGAUGUGUGUUUUGGGUGAGAUGCGUCUCAAUGUACGAGAUGAGUGUUUUGGUGCUUAAUGUGUAUGACAGCAUUCCUCAAUAAAAGCACAGGCAAAUGUAUCGCUUGGGUUUGAAUUUGCUAUAGUCAUUUCGAACCUUAAGCGAUACUAUUGCCUGUGAAUAAAAGCAAGCCUUAUCGGCUACCACCUGGCUGAAUGGUGCAACCUGUAGAACUCCUGGUGAUUCAGAUUGUCUGCAUCCUAAGGUGUUCUUGGGUAAUUAAGAAUGGGGGGUAGGGGUGUAACAUUUUUGGUUCUCCCACUCUUUUGUAUGCACUCUAUCUGCAAAACCCCAGAUUUCCAAAUAUCUUGUAUUUCAUGUGAACUUUAGCAAACUUGAGGAGUCUCUCUGACUUGAGGAUUUAGAAUCUCUUAGUUCUUGUUUAUGUUGCAUCUCUUUCAUUGAUUAAUAUGAUAUUAUAGUGUACUUGUGUUCAUACAUACUAACAAUCUCAUCCUCAUGAAAUCUGUAUUUUUUCCUCGGUAUUGUUCAAGAAUUUUAUAUUUAAAUAUCAGUCAUUAUUUGAGAUUUCUUUUGGUUCUGAAUUUUAUGUUUAGAUAUCAGUCAUUAGUUGAGAUUUCUUUUAGUUCUGGUUUCUCUUUUGUUCAUAAUCAAGGAUGAUUGUUAUUAUUUAUUAUGUACAAAAUACAAUAAAAAUCUGAUGUUUAUAAAUAG